CUCUUAUCAGCUCAGCGACUACAUAUAAUUAACAGCCAUAGGUUCCAACUCAGUCUUGUGACUGUCCACUCACAACCAUGAAAGGAAUGGACUUGUUCUGUUCCUCCUCUGCCUCCACUGCUGUAAUCCCCAGUACGCACGUCCAUCGUUCUAGGGUACGCCGUACCCCCAAAAGCUACGGCCUCCUUGCUCGAGCGCCCUGCUCGCGUUCAUCCCUUUUCCCCACUAACCCAAAGCCUUCUUACGAGAAGCACAGAAAGAGUUAUGCAGGCAAGCAAACCCACGACCUAUUUACUCACUGUAGCCUUUCUUCUUCCACAACGCGCCUCCUUGCUGGCUCUGAUCCCUCUUUCAUCCACAACGAUCACUCUCCUGCUCUGCGCCCUUCUUCUUCGCCUCGCUCUCGGAACCAGGUCGUGGUUUUGAGGGUGUCAUUGCAUUGCAAGGGCUGUGCAGCGAAAGUUGGAAAACACAUUUCAAGAAUGCAAGGAGUGACAUCAUUCAGCAUAGAGAUGGAGAAGAAGAAAGUAACAAUUGUAGGAGACGUGACGCCAUUGGGCGCCCUGGCUAGUGUCUCCAAGGUGAAGAAUGCACAGCUCUGGCCAUCUCCAACAUCCUUUUCCUCAUCCUCGUCUACGCCCAUGGUUGGCAUAUGAGCGACUCACAUAAUUACUUCUUCACCUCCUGUUAUCCUUUUACAUGUAUAUUGCAGCUGGAAACACCUUCCAGCAUCUGUGCUCGUACAAUUCCAAUCGAGUUUGAUGACUCGUCAGUUUUAAUGUUUGUCAUGUAAUAUUGGUGAAGCUCCUAGCUAUUUCUCUGUGUUGGAGCGCUGAAGAAAUCAUCUUCCUCAUGUUUCUGUAGCUUUAAUUUAAAGCGACAAUUCAAAUGUUGUUGGCUCGUCUCUGCUAA